AGGACCGCGCGCCGAUACCUACAGUUCUGACCACGAUCGAAAGAAGUGCCCUGUUACACGAUUCGAACGUUUCAAUUUAUUCGAGUAACGAGUAAAUCGAAAGUACUCCGAAAGCUACGAAGGAUUUCGAAAGAAUCCACUGCGGAAAGGUUACCUGUUCUCAUGACCAACGGCGCUAUGAAGGUCUCAGGAUUCGUCUCUUGUGCCAUUGUGAUUAUUGUUUUCAUUGCCGUCGUAAAUUCAGCCGUGCCACAGGACAGGAUAGACUCGCAGAUUUUGGAUCCAUUCGUGGUGGACGCUAAGGCAAAGAGACCGUUCUGCAAUGCUUUUACCGGUUGUGGCCGAAAGCGAAGCUCUCCCAGUGCCAUCCAAAACUUGAAUCCCCUAGGUGGGGAAGGUAUGAAACUCGUUCGACUUCCGCUUCCGUUGUACCGCGCUCUGCUGCAUGCCGCCUCAUCCCAGGAAAUGAAUAACCAAAUAAUUGACCGCCAGGAUCAAGCCGCCGGAGACUUUAACAGGCUUCAAGAAAUUCCCGUUCAAGAAUUUGAUAUUCCCGCGCAAAAAAACCAACUACGUGAUCAAUACGAGAGUUAAUUUGUUAGUUUAAAAUAUAUUAAUACAUGUCAUGAUACAUAUGUGCCAACUAUAAUGACUAGAUUAACGAAUACUUAAUUGAUAUCGGAGCUAUCUCACUUUAAAUUCGAAAAUCGAUUGUCUUAUUAUUUGUUGCUGGAUCCCGUCAACGAUGUUAAAUCAGAUUAUUUUAUUCGGUAUAUUCUAGAGGCAAAUUCAUCAGUGGUUAUCGCUCUGUCUAAGUAUCUGGAUAGAUAAACUGUACGUUGUUAAAAAUUAAUCUGGCAUUUGUUCACUCUAUUCAACAUAAAUGACGAUUAAACAAUAGGAACACCAAUUUUGUUAAUUUCGAAAACGAAACUCAGAUUAUUAUGCUACACGAAUUACCUGUACGAUUACUACACCUCUAUAAUAACACUGCGAUAACCUAUAUAUGCCGAUAUUUAAAUGUAAUGUCUAAUAAAAUAUCAUGAUUUCCUGUAA